GCUCUGGGCAUGCGCGCCGACGCGAGGGCCGCUGGAACCGGAAAGGCAUACAGGCGCCGGGCUGCGGGUCUGACAGGGGUUGUGCGCGGUCUUGCCGGCCGUCGCUGGCGGCGGGAUAGGGGUCCCGGAGCCGCCCCGUCCCGCCAUGGGCCUCUUGUCAGACCCGGUGCGCCGGCGCGCGCUUGCCCGCCUCGUGCUGCGCCUCAACGCGCCGCUCUGCGUGCUGAGCUACGUGGCGGGCAUCACCUGGUUCUUGGCGCUGGCUUUCCCACCGCUAACCCAGCGCACGUACAUGUCGGAGAACGCCAUGGGCUCCACCAUGGUAGAGGAGCAGUUUGUGGGCGGAGACCGCGCCCGGGGCUUUGCGAGGGACUUCGCUGCCCACCGCAGGAAGUCGGGGGCUCUGCCUGUGGCCUGGCUAGAACGGACGAUGCAGUCAGUAGGGCUGGAGGUCUACACGCAGAGUUUCUCCCGGCAACUGCCCUUCCCAGAUGAGACCCACGAACGCUAUAUGGUGUCAGGCACCAACGUAUACGGCAUCCUGCGGGCUCCUCGUGCUGCCAGCACAGAGUCCCUCGUGCUCACCGUGCCCUGCAGUUCUGACUCCACCAACAACCAGGCUGUGGGGCUGCUGCUGGCACUAGCUGCCCACUUUCGGGGGCAGAUUUACUGGGCCAAAGAUAUCAUCUUCCUGGUGACAGAACAUGAUCUUCUGGGUACCGAAGCUUGGCUUGAAGCCUACCACGAUGUCAACGUCACUGGAAUUCAGUCAUCCCCCCUGCAGGGCCGGGCUGGGGCUAUUCAGGCCGCUGUGGCCCUGGAACUGAGUAGUGAUGUGGUCACCAGCCUCGACGUGGCUGUGGAGGGGCUCAACGGGCAGCUGCCCAACCUUGACCUGCUCAACCUCUUCCAGACCUUCUGCCAGAAAGGGGGGCUACUGUGCACACUGCAGGGCAAGCUGCAGUCCCAGGACUGGACAUCUCUGGAUGGACCACUGCAAGGCCUGCAGACACUGCUGCUCAUGGUUUUGCGGCAGGCCUCUGGCCGCCCUCAUGGACCCCAUGGCCUCUUCCUACGCUACCGUGUGGAGGCCUUAACCCUGCGUGGCAUCAAUAGCUUCCGCCAAUACAAGUAUGACCUGGUGGCUGUGGGCAAGACCUUGGAGGGUAUGUUCCGCAAGCUCAACCACCUCCUGGAGCGUCUGCACCAAUCCUUCUUCCUCUACCUGCUCCCCGCCCUCUCCCGCUUCGUCUCCAUUGGCCUCUACAUGCCUGCCGCCGGCUUCUUACUCCUAGUCCUUGGUCUCAAGGCUCUAGAACUGUGGAUGCAGCUGCAUGAGGCUGGAGUGGGCCUAGAGGAGACUGGGGGGGGCUCUGGACCUAGUGCCCUCCACCCCCCAGCACAGGGUGUGGGGCUGACCUCGCUUGUAGCACCUCUGCUGAUCUCUCAGGCCAUGGGAGUGGCCCUCUACAUCCUGCCUGUGCUCGGCCAACAUGUGGCCACCCAGCACUUCCCAGUGGCUGAGGCUGAGGCAGUGGUGCUGACACUGCUGGCGAUUUAUGCAGCUGGCCUGGCCCUUCCCCACAGCACCCACUGGGUGGUGAGCCCACAGGCCCCAGACAGGGGCUGGAUGGCACUGAAGCUGGUGGCCCUGAUCUACCUAGCACUACAGCUGGGCUGCAUUGCCCUCACCAACUUCUCACUGGGAUUUCUGCUGGCUGCCACUAUGGUGCCCACUGCUGCAGUCACCAAGCCUCAUGGGCCCCGGUAUGUGCUGGUCAGUCCCCACUUGUCCCAGUGCCUGUGUCUGCAUCAUAGAGCCCGCCCUCAUUCAAUAUCCCUUUCUCCCACUUGGUGCCUAUACUCCUACCAUGGAGCCUACACUGAUGUUGUUCCUCCAUCCAGGCCUCUCUAUGCUGCCCUGCUGGUGUUGACAAGCCCAGCAGCCACACUCCUGGGCAGCCUGUUCCUUUGGCGGGAGCUGCAGGAGGCACCACUGUCACUGGCCGAGGGCUGGCAGCUCUUCCUGACGGCACUGGCCCAGGGUGUGCUGGAGCACUACACCUACGGCGCCCUGCUCUUCCCACUGUUGGCCCUGGGCCUUUACCCCUGCUGGCUGCUCUUCUGGAAUGUGCUUUUCUGGAAGUGAGAUCUGCAUUCCAGAGCAUGCUGCCUGGGACAGGGACUCCUCAAACACCCCAUUCUGCCUCCUUCUGGGAAAUAAACAAAUGUCUGUUUUAGCUGCU